CUAACAACAGAAUAAAAAGUGUAUUUAAUAAUUUUUAGUUUCUAUUCGAUAUUACUCGGAGUGACAAAUACAGUUAGUCGUGAAAAUUACUUUGUGUGAUCACGAAUCUUUUUUGUUGCAUCUGAAAAAAAAUUUAAGUUGAUGUCAAAAAAUUUUAAAAAAAUGAAACUACAAUUUUUCCUCAUCACUCUCACAACAUUAUGGCUGAAAAUAGAAUCAAAAGCAACAAUUUCCUUCAACGCAACCGAAGCAGACGAUAUAAUAAAAAUUUUACCCGAAGAAGAAAAUUUCGACUUCGAAUGUGGUGAUGAUUACUAUACCCUAAACCUAUCAAGAACAGGAAUUCGAAACCUAUCACCAAAUAAUUUCAACAAUCCAAGAUUUAUUUAUUGCCUCAAUCUCGAGGGCAAUGAAAUUCGUAAUCUUCCAUCAACAAUUUUUGAUUCUCAACAUUUGACCAAUUUACUUCAUCUCAAUUUGGCGAACAAUAUCCUCGACAUAAAUCACUUGGAAUUUCUCAACGGACUGAAAAAUUUGACAACACUAAUAUUAGAUGGCAAUUCAAGAAAUAUUAUUCGUUUCACGCCCUCUUUCACAUUACCAAAUUUAAAAAAUCUCUAUCUCCGAAAAAAUCGUUUAUACAACAGAAUUUCUUAUUCGAAUCUUGUGACAAAUUUCCCACGACUUGAAAAAUUAUAUCUCACCAAUAAUGAAAAUGUCUUCAUCGACGAUUAUAUUAAUAAUUCCUCUAAUGUCAAUUCAUCAUUGUCGCAUAUUUACAUCGAGGGGAAUAGAAAUUCAAAUUUUCAACAACUUCUACUGAAUAUUAAAACCCUGAGGCAAUUGUAUUUUGAUGAUAAUUUACGAACCCAAUUCUGUCUGAGUCACAGCAAUGUCAAUGUGAUAUCGAUGAAAAAUUGCAAACUAAGAGAACUUAAUUUAUGCACAACUUUUACUGUUUUGACAAAUUUAACAACUUUGGAUCUUUCCCACAAUGAAUUGACCACCGAAUCCAUUGAGAGGAGCCAAAUUUUUUCUUUUUUGCAAAAUUUAUCCCUAAGUUUCAAUUCAAUUAACGAAAUACCGAGAAAUAUUCCAAAUCCAUCGCUGAGAGUUUUGUCAUUGAGUUACAAUAAUAUAUCAAAAAUAGCGGCAAAUGCAUUUAGAUUUAGUGAAAAUUUGCAAAUUUUGUCAUUGAGGGGAAAUAAAAUUAGUCAUCUUCACAGAAAUUCCCUCUCUGGAUUGAAUUAUUUGCACACAUUGGAUUUGGCGAAAAAUCAAUUAAACAUCCUGCCGAUAAAUUGGUUUGGACAAUUUUAUUCCUUGAAUUAUUUGAAUUUGAAUUUUAAUAAUUUUCUCUCAUUGAAUGCAACUUCAGUGAAAUAUAAUAAUACGAGUUUGAAAAAUUUACAUUUGAGGAAUAAUAAAUUUUGUAGUCUCACUAUUCGGGAAUUAAAUUAUUUACCAUUUAAUUUGACUAUUCACGUUGCACCGAUUGAGUAAAAUUAAAGGAAAAGAUUUUUUAAAAAUAAAUCUUAAAAAAAGAUUCUAUUUUUAAUUUUCAGUAAAUUGAAAUUGUCAAAAAAAAGAUUUUCAAA